AUGUACAGUCCUCAGUAUCGGAAAGGAGGCAUUCGCGAGACGACCUGCGCGGCAACAGGGACUAUAUGUCGCAACACUACGACUAAUCUCAGAAUCGAUGGCCAUACAUUUAAAUCGCUAUAUUGCCAGUUCCAUGCUUGUAGACAGAUUGAAGCAGGCCGAGCAUGUGCAGUCGCGAAACCACCAAGUGCUAUAGUAUGCAGUCAACAUAGUCGAUGCCAGGCUGUCGAUAAUGGGAUGGGAUGUGCUCUAGACGUCAAGGACGGGAAUACGGCCAUGCAUAAAUAUUGCAUACAGCUCCAUUUAUGUGGAUUUUCUGGUUGCGAGAACGAAAGAUCAAAACGAAAUGAGCAAUACAUACCAUUCUGCGUUGAUCACCGGUGCGAGCAGGACAACUGUCGCAACUCCAAAGACGUCGGAAUCUUUUGCAGGUCUCACACUUGUGACGACCAAUACUGUGUGGCCUUCGCUCCAGGUAUUGACUUGGAUGACCCGCAGAGGUUCUGCAAGCGUCAUCGUCAAUGCCAGAAGCCUCAGUGUCCACGUCUCUGUCAUACCCGUGAUGACGGUCAACCCUCGCCAUUCUGUGGCGCACAUUACUGCCAGGCACCUGACUGCGAAGAUGGUCGUGAAGCAGGGUUGUUCUGCCCCGAGCACACUUGUGCUGAACUAGGUUGUCUGAAGGGUAGGGAAUCUUUCAAGACUGAGUACUGCAAAAGUCACAAGUGCAAGACAAAGCACUGCCGGCUGAGGAGAUUGGACAGUGGUUAUUGUCCAUACCACGAGGUCGACUUUGCGAAGUCCACCGACGGCGCAUGGAGUCGAGCUUUGGAAGAAGGCUUUCAACUCAAGGGAUGGGAUACGCUAUGCAUGGAGAUGGCAUCAAUGACAGAAGAGGAUGUGGCCGAAGAGUUGAACAUGGCAAUCAGUUCUGUCAACACCAUAUGUGUCAGAUCCACAAUUGCCAGGCUCCAAGGACUAGAUCAUCCGACUUCUGUAUCGAUCACGGGUGCCCUGCAGUGGGAUGCCAUGAACCCAGGCAGAUACAACCCCAAGAGUGGCUUCGAGGCAACACCGAUGGGGUGUUCUGCAAAGAGCAUGCUUGUAGCCAUGUUGGUUGUCAAAACCAAAAUGCUGAAGAUUCAAACCGAUGCCCGCGGCACGGAGGAGGCCACGUGCCAAGAUUUGGACCAAGGAUGGAACCAGAAGAUGAGAGGCUAA